AUGAGGAAUUGCAAAAGCCUUACAGCUCUUCCAAGUAGCCUGUGUAAUUUGAAGUCUCUUAAAGUUUUUAUAUUGAGUGGCUGCUCAAAUCUUGAAGAAAUUCCUGAUAACAUAGUGGAUAUGACAUCUGUGGAUGUGUUUGAAAUAGCAGGAAUCGGUUCAACAUCAUUGCCAUUAGCUCAGCCAUGGGAUUGUCUUUGCCCUUGGUGGCCAAUGCCUAAGAAACCUACACCUGCCAUGUCCUUUGAGUUGCCUUCUUUAAGAGGCUUUUGUAUUCUUAGGAGACUUAAUCUAAGUCAUUGCGGUCUUACGGAUGCAAUGAUUCCUUAUGAUCUAAGUUGUUUCCCAUUUUUAGAAUAUCUAGAUCUAAGAGGAAAUGAUUUUGUAAGCAUGCCUGAAAGCAUUAGUCAACUCUCUAAACUCUUAGUUGUUCUUUUUAGCAAUUGUAAGAGGAUUCGAUCAUUUCCAAAUAAUCUUCCUUCGGGUCUCAAAGUUCUUAGUAUGGAGGGUUGCUCUUGCUUGGAAACUUCACUAACUACAAGCAUAAGUAGAAAUUUUAAACUUGAAAACCUUCACUUCGUUGAUUGCAAGAAGCUUCAGUCCUUGCGUGAUCUUUCAUCAACCAUUUUACAACUUAGUGCGGAAUGUCUAACUACACAGGAAAGUAUUCCAAAUCCAUUUGAAGCAAGCACUUCAAGAACUUCAUCGUUCACUCUUAUAAAAUGGGGACUCUUUAGUGCAAACACCCUUGUAUCAUUGUGUUUAGCCUCAAGUGAAGUUCCUGUGUGGUUCAACAAUCAAGGCUCGGGGUCUUCAUUAGAAGUGCAGCUACCUCCUUAUUGGUUGAAUUACAGAAGGGCAGGAUUCUGUUUAUCUGGAGUUUUUAGAUUCCAUCAUGAUCAGCUGCCUUCAGUGGAUACUUGUACUGUUGUGUGUGACUUGCAUGCAUACAAUUUGCCGUCGGAACAAAGUUUGUAUCUAGGUCGCUUUACGAUGGAAAUCGCUCAAGAUUUAUGCAUCACUACUGAUCAACUUUGGGUUAGCUUAAUGCCUCUUAGCUCCAUAACUUGUCUAGAUCAGUUGGAAGGAUGUAAUCAACUUAAGGCGUCUUUUUUUUCUGACCAUUUAGAGGUGAAGAAUUGUGGACUUCGUCUAGUAUAUUAUGAGGAUGAAGAUGUAGAAGAAUUAAUGUGGUGCGAUAAGCCUUUUGACGAUUUGGGUCUCCCAGGAAUAACUAUUGCAGAGAUAUUUGCAUUUAUUCACCGUUGUUGA